UUCUUUUGACCUUCCCUGUUAACCUGAGUUGGCUAGCUGCCUGCAUCUAUAAAUAAUUGAGCUCCCGUGUCCUUAAAACAAGGCACAUGUCCCAUGCAUCAACACUUCAGUCUCGCCAUUACCAGUACCACACACGCACUCGCUAAUUGCAAUUUACAACCAGCAGCACCAAUUUGUUCUCUCUUGUCUGCAUUCCUGCACCCGCUUCAGAACUAGCUAGGUAGUCAAGGAGUUCGAAAGAAGCUAGCCAAAAAGAUGAAGGCCAAGACGAAGAUCAGCAAGGCUGCCGACUUCUUGAGGAAGGCGGUGCGGGCGCUGAGGGGCAGGGCCGACGUCCUCAGGGCGCGGCUCCUCUUCCUCGCCUCGCUCCGCCACAGGACGGCAAUGGUCGGCACCGUGUCGCGCCACCUCCGCGCCCUCAUGCCGGGCCGCCAGAGAGACCCGGUGCACGACCACCGCAAGGCCCUCGCCUCGUCGACGAUGGCGGCGGAGGAGGACGGGCAGGCCGCGAUGCAUGGAGUCGACGUCCCAGGCCUCUCCGAGCUGUUGCAAGAAGUGGUCGGCGACGACGAUGACGGCCACUGCGGCUACCCGGACUGGACGCACUCACUGUUCGACGACGACGAUGCCGACUGCAACCUCCAGGAGGGCGACGAUGUUGACGACGAACGCGGUGGUGGCGCGGAGGCAAUGGAGGAAGAUCGGCUGCCUGACGACGAGCCGUCGGUGAUGGACGUCAUCAGGAGGUGCAGGGAAGGGGACGGAAUGGAGUUCAACAUCGAGGAGGAGAUCGACCACGCCGCUGACAUGUUCAUACGGCGGGUCCGCAGCCGAAUGAGCAACCGGAGCUUCUAGACGUCCGGGGCCUUCGAUUGGUUUGUUUCUUCGUGACUGAGCUUUCAAUGCGCUUUUAGUGGGCUUCCAAAUGUCUAGUACUACUACAUAACUCGGUUAAACAUGGUAUAUGACAGAUGCAUGUUUUUCCCGUUAAAGUCACAGAUGUAUGUAUGUCAUACUUGUGUACUCCCUCCAUCCCAUAAUAUAAGAGCGAAUGUCAAAAACGCUCUUAUAUUAUGGGACGGAGGAAAUAUUUCUGAAUAAUUAUACAACUAUUAUCGUCAUAUUAGUUUCACAACGAUCUUCCUUAAUUGUACUGGACUUGUUCUCAAGUACCAAUUAUACUAGGAUUUUUACUACAAUAUUCAGCACUUGAUAUUU